GGUUAACCUAAUUUUUUUUAUGAUCAAACGUGGAACUCAGUAGUUAGGCGCGUGGGACGUAUCCGUCCGCUUUAAACCAAAAGGAAAAUUCCAUCCAACGUUCAAGCCGAGUCAAUCGCGAGUCAAUUUCACAAACACGUUGCCGGCUGGCUGCCAUCUCUCACCUACUAUAUAAACCCUGAACCAAAUCGGCGGAAGAAGAGAAAAAAAAGGGACACAGAGCAGAGCAAGAAAGAAAGGGGAAAAAUCAAAAAAGAAGAAGAAGAAAAAGGAACGAGCAGAAAGAGACAAAAAAAAUUAAUCUCAAUCGACGCCGGCUGGUAAUAUGUGCUCAGUGGCAGUACCGGUUCCGAAAUCGCCGAUUUUCGCAUCGCCGAGGAUGCAAUCGAUCUUCUGCAAGCCAUGCCCCUCUCCGAGCAGCAUCCACAGCCCCCGAUCAACAGCCGUCGUGUCGUCGUCGCCGCGGCUGUCCCUGUCUUCUAGUUCUUCGCCGCCGACGUCGAUGUUAUCGCUGAGAGUGAACGAAGCGGCCGGGAAUCCCGGCGCGGUGCUCAAGAGGAAGAGGCCGGCGAGGAUAGAUAUCCCGGUGGCGACGAGAAGCUUGGGGUUGUGUUUGGAGACGCCGAGAUUGGCAGAGGAAGAGAGAUCAGAUGUGGUGGAGGUGGAAGGAGAUGGAUAUUCCGUUUAUUGCAAGAGAGGGAGGAGAGGAUCCAUGGAGGAUCGGUACGCAGCUUCCGUCAACGCUUCCGAUUCUAAGCAGCAGGCUAUGUUCGGGAUCUUCGACGGACACGGUGGCGCGAGAGCCGCCGAAUUCGCCUCGAAGAAUUUGGGGGAAAACAUCUCCGCCGAACUAUCAUCGUCUUCUAGAUCUGACGAUAACGGAUUCCAAGAGGCGAUUAGAAAGGCCUAUUUGAAAACCGAUGCAGAUUUCCUCAACGAAAACGCUCACGGUGGAGCAUGCUGUGUCACGGCGUUGAUACAAGACGGAAACCUCGUGGUGUCAAACGCCGGCGACUGCCGCGCCGUGAUGAGCAGGGGAGGAGUCGCGGAGGCGCUCACGUCCGAUCAUCAAGCUUCUCGUCCCGACGAGAAGGAGCGAAUCGAGGCCCUCGGCGGUUAUGUGGAUUGCUGCAGAGGCGUAUGGAGGAUUCAGGGAUCUCUCGCCGUGACGAGAGGGAUCGGAGACGGGCAUCUCAAGGAGUUCGUGAUCGCCGAGCCGGAGACCAAAGUCCUGAGAAUCGAGCCUGAUUGCGAGUUCCUGAUCUUGGCCUCCGAUGGGCUGUGGGAUAAGGUUUCCAAUCAAGAAGCAGUUGAUCUGAUCCGCCAUUUGUGCACUGAUGCCGAGAAACCAAAGCCAGCCUUAGCUUGCAAUCAACUCGCAGAGUUGGCUGUGAGGAGGGGCUCCAUGGAUGACAUCAGCGUCAUGAUCGUCCAAUUGGCUCGUUUCCUCCAUUGAUUCCACACAAGGAGAAGCUCCAAAUCUUGCCCCAACUGAAAAUUAGGCUGACGCGGGAGCUAAUCGAGCACUGCAUCAACAUAAAACCACAAUCGGAGGAAAAAUUUGGAGCACAAGCGUGGCGAUAUGUGAUUUGAUAAAAUAGAUGAUGACAAUGAUAUGCAAGAACAUUUACGUUUUGAGCAAUUAGGUAGCGGUAGAAAGAAGACCAGCCGCAGGAGCUGAUUAAAUCGUAUGUAGAUAAAUACGUAACCACGACUCGCAUACGUAUAGUUGCUUGGUUCAGAAAAUGUUCGACGGUACCAAUCAUCUAAAUUUCAUACUUCCAACUUGUUUAUAGAUUUCACAAAGAAUGAAAAUCGUCAGUGAUAUAAUUUCACUAAAUUUA